UGGAGGAAAUGUCGCGGGAGGGCGUCAUGACGCGGGUCGGUCGGCGCAGGCGCAGUGCCGCGUCCUUUGUGGAGCGAGAAGGAUGAGGUUGCUGUUGAUCACUGUGUGUACUGUGCUCCUCACUGCCGCCGGAGCUGAGGAAGGUGCAAGGCUUCUGGCUUCCAAGUCCCUGUUGAAUAAGUAUGCAGUGGAGGGUCGAGACUUAACGCUGCAGUACAGCAUCUACAACGUAGGGUCCAGUGCUGCGUUGGACGUGGAGCUCAGCGAUGACUCCUUCCCACCUGAGGACUUUGGAAUCGUAUCGGGAAUGCUGACUGUGAAAUGGGACCGGAUUGCUCCAGCCAGUAAUGUUACCCACACCGUGGUGCUGCGUCCAUUAAAGGCUGGCUACUUCAACUUCACCUCCGCAACCGUUUCCUACCUGGCCCAGGAAGGGGGUCCUGUGGUGAUGGGUUAUACAAGUGCUCCUGGACAGGGUGGCAUCCUGGCACAAAGAGAGUUCGACAGGCGCUUCUCUCCUCACUAUUUGGACUGGGCAGCCUUUGGGGUCAUGACUCUCCCUUCCAUCGGUAUCCCUCUGCUGCUGUGGUACUCGAGCAAGAGGAAGUACGACACAGCCAAGUCCAAGAAGAACUGAGGUUAACUGGAUCAUUGGAAGAGUCUCGUCUCCCUGUUGUACACUGGAGCUGUGAUAGAUUGGAUCUACUAUAUAUUGACCUCCUUACUUAAUCUCCAACUCUUUCAGAAUUACAGUGGUAGACUGGUUGGCUUACUUUUAACAUGAAUGUUAAUCAAAUAUUUUAACAGAAGUUUCUCAAAACAAGGAAUGUUGGGAAUCUGAGGUGGAAAGAGCACACAGCAGGUCCACAGCAUCCUACAAAGGCCAUUUCCUAUGUAAACGUCACACUGUAGUUACACCUCUUGCCAGUGGUGGUGAUGUGCCUUGGUUGUUCUGCUGAAAUGCUUCACAGCUCCAACCAGCUUUGUUUCCCAGAGUUCUGCUGUUGAUGAAGGUGGGACUUCAUUUACAAAUUUCCACUUCAGUUAGAAUGAGCAGCCUUGAGAUCCAUCAAUAUUCUCUACUGCAUUGGUCAAGAAUAAACACUGAUUGGGCUCUAUAGUCAAAUCACUUGUCUUCCUUCUCACACAUGCGAACUGAUACAUUUCCAACAACAUCCAUCUUCCUGCCACUUGUGGUCCUUUUCCAAAAACUGAUGCAUCCAGACAACUGGUGAUUCCCUUCUGUUCAUCCCUUGUUCAUUCUGUUUCAGAGGGAGAUGCUGUGGUCACCACAUCAAAUCUUUUCUCCCCAUCCAGUUUAGUUAGAUCACUUUCCAUUCCAUAGUCAUGUGAUACUAGCUGCCUUUAGACCAUUUCACUCGGGUUGCCUUAUGUUUUGAUUUUAAGAAAGUUUUGUAGCAGCAAAUGGCACAUUUAUUUUUUUAAGCAGGAGAAGACUGCAGGACCACAAAAGAAUUAAUCUCAUCCAAAGACAAACUGAAGGAUGGGGUUGUAGUACAUUGCUUUGGAGGUCAAACAUUUUGCUCAAUUUGUACAACAGGGUUACGUAUAUGUUCAUUGUAAAUUUGAGUUUUUUUUUAAUAAAACCACUUUAAAAUGAAA